AUGGAGAAGGCCGGCUCCCUGCACGCCUCGGUGCCCACGCCGCCACCGCGCCUCUACCUGCCGCGGAACUUCAGCUGCACCGCCUGCCUCUACGGCAGCCUGGCCGAGCAAUGCAAGGGCGGAUGCAGCCCCGAGAUCGAGGCGGUGGAGCCGCUGCCCGCGCCCCCUUCGCCGCCCGUCACCCGCGAAGCCGAGGCCGCCCGGUCGCCGCCGCCUCCGCCGCCGGUGGAGCCGCUGCCCGCGCCCCCUUCGCCGCCCGUCACCCGCGAAGCCGAGGCCGCCCGCCCGACCCUCCGCCGCCGCGCCAAGUCCCUGCCCACGCCGGGCGACCGGGGACUCCGACCGGCUUUGCAGCAGAGCCCGUCGCGGCGCAAGACGGUGCGCUUCGCCGACUCGCUGGGGCUGGAGCUGACCACCGUGCGCCACUUCUGUCAAGCCGACGUGCCGCAGGUUCCGCCGCCACCCGCGCCGCUGGCCGCCUCGCCUCUCCCGCGCGGAGCCGACCUGUUCAAGACCCGCAAGCCGCCGGCGCUGGGCGAGCUAGAGCCGGUACUCUUCGGGCCGCCGGCGCCCAUGCUGGAGCCGCUCUUCCCGCCGCAGCCCGGCGCCGCUUCGGGGUUCGCGGAGCGAGUGCGGCAGCACAGAGUCAAGCUGGAGUGGGUGCGGCCCGAGGCGACCGGGCUGCGCGGCGGCGUGCGCGUCCUCAACCUGGCUUACGAGAAGAGCGUCUCGGUGCGCUACACGCUCAACCGUUGGGCCAGCUGCAACGAGGUGCCCGCCGCCUACUUGCCGCCGCCCGCCGCCGCCCACGACGGCCAGACGGACCGCUUCGCCUUCCACCUGCCCGUGGGCGCCGGGACCACGCUGCUCGAGUUCGCCGUGCGCUACCGCGUGGCCGACACCGAGUAUUGGGACAACAACGACGGCCACAACUACAAACUGCGAGGCAGGCAGCGGCCCAAUGGCCAGGAACCCGACGGCGGCGGCGCCUGGAUCCAUUUCAUCUGA